AUGGCAGCCACUAUGAGAAUAUUCAAAGUUCUCCUGAUCGGCAACUCUGGCGUCGGCAAGACAGCCUUCCUGCGCCGGUAUCUCCAGAGCAGAUAUGAGGAUACCAUCGAACCAACCAUAGGCGUGGAAAAGCAUGUUAUAGUUCUUAGUACUACCGCCGGCGACAUUCGCUAUGAAAUAUGGGAUGUCAGCGGCAGCCAGAAGAUAUCCGCGUUGCAGUCAGAAGAGUACAAUGCAGACGGUGCGAUUAUCAUGUUUGACCUGACGAAUCGGAUAUCUUACAAUAAUGUCCCCAAUUGGUAUCAAACAAUCGUGCACAAAGAUCGCUCGGGCCGAAACCCCAUGCCCAUCUGCAUCUGUGCGAACAAAUACGACGCACCGUCCGAUAGCAAGUUACCUGCAAAAACCAUCACCUUUCCUCGGAAGAAGGGGACUGGAUACGCCGAGGUGUCGGUGAUGACGCUCCAGGGAAUUAAUGAACCCUUCCUUGAUCUUGCUAGACGGCUUCUGAGGGAUCCAACUGUGCAAUACGAAUACAUGCCCGAUCUAGGUGACGGGGUUUUCAAUCCCGCGGCCAGCCUGCAUAGCACCCGGAUCGCCGCGAACGAAGACUAUCUCAACUCGAAAUUGCCCAAUCUCCUGAAUGUUCAAUCCGUGCCAGGCGAGGUUGAAUAUAUUUCAGCGGAAGAAAGUGUUCCGAGUACCCCGCGAAGCAGUGCUGCGUCUAGAAAGGUGGAAGAUCCGUCUGAAGGCCGGCUGAAGUUCCUCUAUGCUCCUCGUACUGCGCCCACACCCCUUGUGAACUGGUCGGAUCUGGCCGUUCAAACGCAGAUAAAGCCUUUAGUGAUCAAAGAGAAACGCGAGACGGCAAGGGAGCAGUCGAACAUCAGCCCUGACCAGGGCGUAUCUGUCGUCGCGGUGCUGCACGAAGAGGCAAUGGCGCCGGCCACAAAGAAAGAGAAGCGCAGUCUCCCGAAAGUCCAACAACGAGAUCUUGAGGAGCAAAGUCUUUUCGUGCUAUGCAUUCACUGCAUCCGGAUGAUCUUUGUCAAGUCUAUCCAGGGAACAAAACUGGCUGAAACCGUGGAAGCCAAAACACCCUUCUCGUUGACCACGACGGCAUGUCGCUCUUGUUGUCGCGACUUCGGGACAUCAUCGCCAGUAAAAACUUGUAUGUCACCCGAUUUGAUCCGGUAUACGGCCAUGUAUGAGUGUGCGCGCAAGGUAGCAGAGGAAGAAGUAGCGGUGCUCACCUUUAAGAAAAGCGUCGCGCACAUUGAGAUGGAAGAGUUGACAGAAUACAUGGGACUGACGUGCCAAAUUCAGGGUGUGUCUACUACUCCUGACACGAUCGAGAGACUGAGCGAGUUGGAAAAGAAGGAUGUGAUGAUGAGUUACGUCCCCGGAGCGUUCCUAUAG